GAAAGCAUUAAAUACCGCAAAACUCCCAAAUUAAUGAGUUUCGCAGCUGGAGUGGCCAACACUCACAGCACCAAAACUUUUCUAUUCUUCCAUCAACCGCAUGUUGCCCUCUAAAUUCGUUGCUUUUGUUGUUUCUCUCCCUUUUCAUGCAUAACGGGAAGCAGCUCUUCUUGUUGCUUUUUCAUUUUUCAAAGCUCUAAUGUUUUUCUUUUAAUCAACCCAGUUAGUAAUUUAAAAAUAAAUGGCUGCUUUCUUACUUCGCCAUCGACAGGUCUCAACUUUGGGAGUUUCUGGCAUUCUAAAAGCAGAUAAAUUGGAUCCAUGCCGGCCACAUGUAGAAUCAAGGCUUGGAGCUCGAGCUGGUGUUUGCAAUUUGUUAAGGGAGUACAGCACCUGCAACGACAAUCGUGCCCACAAGUUUGAUUUUUUGGAUUUGACUUGUCCUCAUGCAUGGUACCCUGUUGCACGAAGAAAGAAUCGCAAGAUUUUCCUUCAUGUGGGCCCCACAAAUAGUGGUAAAACAUACCAUGCUUUGAAGCAGCUUGAGUCAAGUCCUUCUGGUGUCUAUUGUGGUCCUUUGAGAUUGCUUGCAUGGGAGGUGGCAAAAAGGUUGAACAAGGCAAAUGUUCCUUGUGAUUUAAUAACAGGGCAAGAGAGAGAGGAAGUUAACGGGGCAAAGCACAAAGCUGUGACAGUUGAAAUGGCUGAUGUAACCUCAAAUUAUAGCUGCGCUGUUGUUGAUGAAAUUCAGAUGUUGGGGUGCAUGACAAGGGGUUUCUCAUUUACACGUGCUCUUUUAGGUAUCUCUGCUGAUGAACUCCACCUCUGUGGAGAUCCUGCUGCAGUUCCUCUUAUUCAGGAAAUACUAAAACCGACUGGCGAUGAUAUCCAUGUUCAAUACUAUGAGAGACUUUCACCUUUAGUUCCAUCACAGAAACCUCUUGGAUCAUUUAAGAAUAUACAAACAGGUGAUUGCAUUGUAACCUUUUCACGUCGCGAGAUAUACAAAUUGAAGGGACAAAUUGAAAGAGGGAGGAAGCAUCUUUGUUCUGUUGUUUAUGGUUCACUGCCACCUGAAACUCGAACCAGACAGGCAACAAUGUUCAAUGAUGCAAGCAGUGAAUUUGAUGUUCUUGUGGCUAGUGAUGCCAUUGGGAUGGGUCUAAACCUGAAUAUUUCUAGGAUCAUAUUUUCAACUAUGAAAAAGUUUGACGGUGUUGAGAUGCGGGACCUCACGAUAUCAGAGGUUAAACAAAUUGCAGGGAGAGCUGGCAGGUAUGGAUCAGACUUUCCAGUUGGAGAAGUGACCUGUUUAUAUGCGGAUGAUCUACCCUUGCUUCAUUCAUCAUUGAAAUCGCCUUCUCCUAUUUUGGAGUGUGCCGGAUUAUUCCCCACUUUUGAUCUCAUAUUUAUGUAUUCACGUUUACACCCAAAAAAAGGCCUCUACCGGAUAAUGGAGCAUUUUCUAGAGAAUGCCAAAUUAUCUGAAAACUAUUUCAUUGCCAACUGUGAGGAAAUGCUGAAAGUUGCUGCGGUUGUUGAUGUAUUGCCCAUUUCAUUACAUGAUAAAUACCUUUUUGUUAUCAGUCCUGUUGACAUGCGCGAUGAAAUUUCAUCUCAGGGUCUUACGCAGUUUGCCCAAAACUAUGCACAGAAAGGCAUCGUUCGACUUAAAGAAAUAUUUACACCGGGGACACUUCAGGUGCCAAAAACAGAGUCUGCACUCAAGGAGCUUGAAUCUAUUCACAAGGUCUUGGAUCUCUAUGUAUGGUUAAGUUUCCGUUUGGAGGAUUCAUUUCCUGACCGAGAGCUCGCAGCCUCCCAGAAGGCUAUAUGUGGCCUGUUGAUCGAGGAAUUCCUGGAAAGAUUCGGGUGGCAGAAGCAGCCAAAAACAAGAAAGUUACCAUCACGUGUUAACUCUGGUUUUCUGGUAUCCAAAGAAACUUGGCAAUAUGUAUGAAAUGAUUCUCAUAUUGUACUGGUGGUAGAAUGUUUAUUCUCUCCUAACGUAUUCUUUCAAUGGCUGUUCCGUUGUCAAUGAAUAGACUUCAGUCUUCCCAUCCUCACUGUUUAUUUUGCUAUUAAACGUAGCUUUUUCCUCCAA